GUUUAUUUGGCUAUGGAAGCGGGCUACUCUGAGAAGGUUGAUGAAUUAUGUCGGCGGUACUCCCUUGAAGGGUUCAUGAAAACUAUAGAUCCUGAAACAAUUCCUUCAGAAACUCAUUACUUGCAUCUUAAUGAAUUGGUUUUGGAAGAUAUUAUAUGGGUUGAUGAAGUUGAGGGUCUUCUUAGUGCUACAUCCCACAUUGAGGGAUGCAAAGUUGUUGGGAUAGAUUGUGAAUGGAAGCCUAACUAUGAAAAGGGAAGCCAGCCCAGCAAGGUCUCUAUCAUGCAAAUUGCUUCUGAAAAGUCAGUAUUCAUUAUUGACUUGAUAAGGUUAUUUGAAGAUGAGCCCAACGCCUUAGGCAGCUGCCUAAAACGCAUUUUACAUUCCCCAAGCAUUCUGAAGCUAGGCUAUAAUUUGCAAUGUGAUCUAAAGCAGCUGGCUCAUUCCUAUGGAGAGCUGGAGUGUUUCAAGCACUUUGAAAUGUUGCUGGACAUUCAAAAUGUGUUUAAGGAAGCUCGAGGUGGUCUCUCUGGACUUGCCAAGAAAAUAUUGGGAGCUGGCUUGAACAAGACAAGGCGUAACAGCAACUGGGAGCAACGACCUCUGAGUCCAAACCAAUUGGAGUAUGCAGCUCUUGAUGCUGCUGUACUUAUUCAUAUAUUCCGACAUGUCCGUAGCCAGUCUCAGCCGGCAAGUGUCAAAGGGGGGCAAUCAAAUGUUGAAUGGAAAUCGUACAUUAUUUCUAGCAUGGAUGACACAAAAAAGCCGAAGAACAUGGUUAAAAGAAAAAAGAAAUGGAAAAAGUGUACUGUUGUGUCAUCACAAUCAAAUUAAUGUUAGUUACAUGUUUCUCUCGCAUUGCUUGUUAGUUACAUGUUUCUCUCGCAUUGCUUGCAGCUAUAGUUUUGUAAAUAUUCUGUCAAAACAACAAUAUACCUCUUACUGCUCUAUAAAUUAGCAUUCAGCUGAAUGUCUGCCAAAA